AUGAUAGGCGAUAGGUGGCUCAUCCCGCCCCUCGGUGUGGUCGUCUUGCUGCUCCUCGCCUGGAGCGUCAUUGCCACAUUGCGCCAGUACUUCCGCCUCCGGCACUUCAAGGGACCCUUCAGCACCGGCAUUUCCAAAUUGUGGCUCAUCCGCGCUGUUGGGGGAGGCAGGACUCACCUCGAUUUCGACCCAGACCUCAUGAAGCGCAUGCUCAACGUCCGCACUCCCUACAAGCGCUCCGACUGGUACAAUGGCAUGCGACUUGACCCGAGCCGAGACAAUGUUCUCUCGAUGCGAGACGACGAUCUCCAUGCCAAAUUGCGCUCCAAGAUGGCGGCAGGUUACUCUGGCAAAGAGGUCGAGAAUCUCGAGGCCAAGAUUGACCAAAAUGUCCUUCGCUUGAUUGACCUCAUUGAAACCAAAUAUGCUGCAACCCGCCAGCCCUUCGAUUUUGGCCGCAAGGCGCAGUACUUUACCCUCGACGUCAUCACCGACCUUGCGUUUGGAAAGCCUUUCGGUGACCUGUCUAGCGAUUCGGACGUUUACGAGUACAUAAGGACGCAAGAAGAGAACAUGCCUGGCAUCAUCGUGAGCACGGUAAUACCCUGGAUGCUGACCAUUCUGUCAUCGCCACUCUUCAAACGCAUGCUCCCAUCUGACAAGGACCUGAUUGGGAUUGGGAAGACCAUGGCUAUUGCCAAACAGGUUGCUGCAGAACGGUUUGGGCCCGAUCGCAAGGUUCAGAAGGACAUGCUUGGGUCAUUCGUGGCUCGCGGCCUUACGCAAGACGAGGCCGAAUCUGAGAUCCUCAUGCAGCUCCUGGCUGGUUCUGACACAACUGCAACUGCUGUCCGCGCCACACUGCUACAUAUUGUCACCAAUGCACGGGUGACCAGCUCCCUGCGCGCCGAGAUUGAGGCCGCUAAGCCAUCCUGGCCUGUCAUUACUGAUGCUGAAGCACGAGAGAUGCCUUAUCUCCAGGCGGUCAUCAAGGAAGGACUCCGCAUCUGGCCACCCGUCGUUGGACUGAUGGCCAAGGAAGUGCCCAAAGGGGGUGAUGUCUUCAAGGGCCAGUACCUCCCAGAGGGCACGCAUAUUGGCUACUGCGCCUGGGGCAUCUUCCGCCGAACGGAUAUUUGGGGAGAGGAUGCGCAGGAGUACAGACCGGAAAGGUGGCUCGAAGGCACACCCGACAAGCUGCGGGAGAUGGAGGGAACUCUGGAGCUUGUGUUCGGAUACGGCAGGUGGCAGUGCUUAGGCAAGAACGUGGCUCUGAUGGAAUUGAAUAAGGUUUUUGUUGAGCUACUGAGACGAUUCGAUCUUGUUCUUGUCGACCCUAUUAACCCCUGGCGUUCGAUUAACACCGGCAUCUUCUUGCAAUCUGAAUAUUGGAUGAAGGCUUACCAAAGGCCUCAUGCCGCUAAGUCGGCGGUCGAAUGA